AUGAAUCACACUUUCUCCAUUUGUGCCAUACCUCAUACUUCAAAGCUGGGUCAUCAAGCUUUGACCCCUCUGAGGUUGGACAGUGAAAUGGCACUUCUACUUAGCUUUCUCUAUAUUUUGAGUCUGGUUGGUCCAGUUCUUAACCAGGACAUGCCUUAUGAGGAAUACAUGGCCCAGAUCCAGGCCUGCCCUCAAGAAUGUCGCUGUCUACCAAACUUUCCUCAUGCUGUCUACUGUGACAAUAAAGGUCUAAAGAGUAUCCCCAAAAUUCCUCCAUACACAUGGUAUCUCUACCUGCAGAACAAUCAAAUCGAGGUGCUGUCAGCAGAUGCCCUGCGUAAUGCUACACAACUGCGCUGGAUGAACCUAAACCACAACAAAGUCACGAGUGAAGGAGUUGAAGAAGGUAUCCUGAACACAAUGUCUCACCUGGCGCAUCUAUACAUGGAUGACAACCUCUUGUCUUCUGUGCCAUCUCCCCUGCCAGCCAGCCUGGAACAUCUACGUCUCUCUCGCAAUCGCAUUUCCAAGAUCCCUGCAGGUGUUUUCAAGGGUCUCAACAAACUUAGCCUCCUGGACCUCCAGGGAAACAAGCUGAUGGAUGAUGGUGUGACUGAAGUGAGUCUGAAGGGUCUAAACAACCUGGUACAGAUCAACCUAGCCAAGAACCAGCUGACAAGCAUGCCUCUGGGCUUGCCACCCACCACCACUCAGCUUUAUCUUGAUGGCAACAACAUUGACAAGAUCCCAGCUGGAUAUUUCAAAGGUUUGCCUAAAGUAGCGUUUCUGAGGCUUAACCACAACAAGCUUGGCAGCAGUGGCAUUCCCAAAAAUGUCUUUAAUAUCUCCAGCAUUUUAGACUUGCAGCUGUCCCACAACCAGCUGAGUGAGAUUCCCCUCAUUCCCUCUGGUCUUGAACACCUUCACCUUGACCACAACAAGAUCAAAAAUGUGAGUGGUUCCAGUGUCUGCCCUGUCUCAGCUGAUGGUGUUGAUGACUAUUUCGAUGAAAGUGGUCCUCGACUGAGCUACCUCCGACUGGAUGGCAAUGAGAUUCAACCACCAAUUCCUCAUGAUGUCAUCCAGUGCUUCCGCUUUCUGAGGUCCAUUGUCAUCUAAGAAGAGGACAUUUUUAAGCAUUUUGUUGGCUAAUUCUGAUCCAAUGACAUGGCAAUGAGAAUGCUAGUCUGAUAAAUGAGACCUAUGAAACCAUAUGCCAAAAAUGCUGACACAGGUAAUAUUUGCAUGUUUGUGAAAUAUUUUAAACUAGCUGCCCUCACCUUAUUUUAUUGUUGUGUCUCGGGGAAAAGCAAAUUUCUCAGUGGAAUCGAAAUAAAAUCCAAAAGGGACACCAAAGUUGAUAAGGACAUGAUUGGUUAGGAGCUUUAACUGAUGCUGCAAUCUGUUGACCUAGUUGUGCCUUAUAUUGAUGUAAACAUCUGCAUG